UUCCUAGCCUUUCACAACAUCUCAUAUAGGUACACAGAGCAGAGUAAUGAAGCAUACCCAAAGGUGUGAAAAAUGGUAACCAUCAAAGCUUCUCACACUGUGGUUCCAAAUCAACCAACACCUAAAGGUCGAUUAUGGCUAUCAAAUAGUGACCAAACCGCACGCCCAGCACACACACCAAACCUUUACAUCUACAAAGCAAAACACAACAUCAUCGAAUAUGACAUUGAGAAAAUGAUAGACUCUCUCAGCAUCAUUUUAGUGUACUACUAUCCGGUAGCUGGCAGAUUGAGUGUUACAGAAAGUGGUCGAAUGGAAGUGGAUUGCAACGCAAAGGGAGUGACAUUGAUCGAAGCCGAAACCGUGAAAACAAUUGAUGAUUUUGGAGACUUCACACCUUCUGAGUCAGUCAAGGAAGAGCUUGUUCCAGUAAUUGAUUAUCACUCUCAACCUAUAGAAGAGAUUCCUUUGGUCUUAGUCCAAGUGACAAGAUUUAAAGGUGAUAAAGAACAACAACAAGGCCUUGCUAUUGCAGUCGCUGUUUCUCAUCCUGUGGCUGAUGGGUCUGCUUGGAUUCACUUUAUCAACACAUGGGCUAAGGUUAAUAGAGGUGACAUGUUAGGUCUUAAUGACAUGCCAUUUAUAGAUAGAACCAUACUCAAAUCUUCGUCGUCGUUGUCGUCGUUGUCACCACCACCCUCACCACGCUUCGAUCACCCUGAGUUGCAGCCUCUACCAUUCAUACUAGGCAGAUCUGAUAGUACUGAAGAGCAAAAGAAGAAGACAACAGCUGCUAUGUUGAAACUCACAUCAGAACAAGUGGAGAUGUUGAGGAAAAAGGUUAAUGAAAAUGAAAACUUAUCAACAAAACAAGGGUCAAGAUCAAGAUCAAGAUCAAGACCUUGUAGCAGAUUUGAAGCUGUGGCUGCACAUAUAUGGAGAUGUGCAUGUAAGGCUCGUAAACUAGAUCGAAAUCAACCAACCCUUGUUAGGUUCAACGCCGAUUUUCGAAGCAGACUAACUCGGCCUCUCCCAAGGAAUUAUUUCGGGAAUGCCUUGGCGGCCACAGUGACACCGGAAUCUUAUGCUGGAGAAAUCACAUCAAGACCAUUGAGUUAUGCAGCAAGAAAAUUGAGAGAAGCUGUGGAGAUGCUCAAGGAAGAAUACAUAACUUCGCAGUUAGAAGUUGUGUUGGGCGAGGAGCAAUUGGAGUCCAUAAAGGCUUUGUUCUCGAGACAAGGAGAACGUAGGAAUUCUCCUUUUGCAGGAAAUCCUAACCUUCAAAUCACAAGCUGGAUCAGCAUUCCACUAUAUGAAGCAGAUUUUGGGUGGGGAAAGCCUGAGCAUUUUGUUCUGGGAUAUGUGUGUCCGUUUGAUAGAGGGAUUAUUAUUCGAGGUCCAGAAAAUGAUGGUUCUGUGAUUGUGAUCAUGUAUUUCCAGAUAGCACAUAUGCAACUCUUUAAGAAAUUCUUCUACGAGGAUGUAUUUACAUCAAGGUUGUAAUUUGUAAUUUGUGGUUGUUGCAGAUUGAUCCAUGAGGGAAAAUGUUGAUUCACAUCAAGCUUCUUUUAUGUGAUGGAUUAUGUUUUUAGUACUGGUAACUUUGUGUAAAUGUCACUUUUAUUCUUAAAUAAGAUUUUUAGUGCUUUUGUUCUUAUACUUUCA